AUGAACCCCACAGGCGGCAGCAGCAGCAACAGCACACGUCGGGCCAUUGACUUGACACGAUGCGCCGCGUCCCGCAAGCGACAGCGCUCGUUCUUCGACGACUCGGACGACGAAGCAGACAGCAGCCGCAGCACAAACGAGACGACCGCAACGGCCACGGCGCUGGACGUGAUCCGACAGCGUCGACAUCGCCUCGAGGCCUCUCGCAACUCUUUGCUGUUGGCCGAGACGCGACCGCUCGAGCCGUCUAACGGUCACUCGUUCUUCCGCAGUACCGCAUCAGCUACGAAGUCGAUCGAGUUGGCAGCGGAUCUGGUCGCACGAGCGAACGACAAAGUGUUUGGCAACCAGAGCUUUCGAACGAACCAGCGACAGGUGAUCGAAGCCACGAUGCGCGGUCAAGACUGCUUUGUGCUCAUGCCUACAGGAGGCGGCAAGAGCCUGUGCUACCAGCUGCCGGCCGUGCUGUCGAAAGGCGUGACGAUCGUCGUGUCGCCGCUACUGUCGCUGAUUCAAGACCAAGUGACAGCGUUGGUGCACAAUGCAAAGUGUGGCAUUCCUGCUGCUUUUUUGACGAGUCAGACCGUCCUGACGCUCAAGAGGUCCAUUAUGGCCGAGCUGAGACGGUCGACGCCAAGCGUCAAGUUGCUGUAUCUGACACCCGAGAAGAUUGUCAAGUCGGACGAGAUGAUGGAGAUACUCCAGACGUUGCAUCGCAAUGGGGCACUGGCGCGCUUUGUGAUUGACGAAGCGCAUUGUGUAAGUCAGUGGGGACACGACUUCCGGCCGGAAUAUAGCCAGCUGGGGUUGCUCAAAAAGACUUUUCCAGACGUGCCGCUCAUGGCCUUAACAGCGACCGCUCCGCCUAAGGUGAUUCAAGGCGUGCAGCGCUCGCUGCAUAUCUCGAAGGGACUGGUGUUUACAAUGAGCUUCAACAGAAAGAAUCUCACGUUUGAGGUUCGCGACAAGCCUCUGGGCGGCGACGCAAAGGCCAUGGACGCACUGUACCAGCUCAUUUCGACGACGUAUGCACCGGAUGCGGUUGGCAUUGUGUAUUGCAUGACGAAGCAGGAUAGCGAAGAUGUGGCCGACUACCUACUUGACCGCGGCCUAAGCGCUGACUUCUACCAUGCGGGACAGUCGGCAACCGAUCGACACAUGGUGCAAGAAGCGUGGCAGAAUGGGCAGCUCAGUAUCGUGUGUGCUACAAUCGCUUAUGGCAUGGGCAUCAAUAAGCCCGACGUGCGCUUUGUCAUCCACUUUUCGGUAGCCAAGUCCAUCGAAGGCUACUACCAAGAAGCAGGGCGCGCGGGGCGAGAUGGCGAGCCGUCGCAGUGCAUCAUGUUCUACAGUCCGCGUGACGCGUCCAAGUUGCGCAGUAUCCUCUUCAUGCCGCAAAAGGGCAUGACCAAGAAGACACGUGCCGUGCACGUGGAGAAGCUCCGACUAAUGGCCAAGUACUGCGAGGACGACUCGACCUGCCGUCGUGUGCAGCUCAUCUCGUACUUUGGUCAAAAGUUUGAGCGCUCAGAGUGCAAUCGAACGUGCGACAACUGCCGACGCACCCAGCGCGUCGCUCACGCAGGCCGUGUUGAUCGCGCAAAUCGAUGA